CCGGCCAACACGCACCCCGCUGCCCUACCACGAGGAACAGAGGAACCAGCAUGACGGACCACUCUGCAUUUGACACGGACGUAUGGACCCUGACCCGGUUCGUCAUGGAGACCGGACGCAAGGCUAAAGGGGCGACCGGUGAACUGACCCAGCUCAUCAACUCCAUGCUGACUGCCAUCAAAGCCAUUUCCUCUGCUGUGCGCAAGGCGGGCCUCGCCCACCUGCAGGGCUUGGCGGGCUCGGUGAACGUGACGGGGGACGACCAGAAGAAGCUGGACGUGCUGUCCAACGAAAUGGUCAUCAACAUGCUGCAGGCCUCCUACGGCACCUGCUGCAUGGUGUCUGAGGAGAACAAGGAGCUCAUCAUCACUCCCAAGGAUAAGAGGGGAAAGUAUGUGGUCUGCUUCGACCCUCUGGACGGCUCCAGUAACAUCGACUGCCUGGCUUCUAUCGGCACCAUAUUUGCCAUUUACAAACGGGUAACAGAAGGCGAGCCCACAGAAAAAGACGCCCUGCAGGCGGGCAAAAACAUCGUAUGUGCCGGCUACGCCCUGUACGGCAGCGCCACUCUGGUGGCCUUGAGCACCGGCGCCGGCGUCAACUUCUUCAUGCUGGACCCUGCCAUCGGUGAGUUCAUCCUGACUGAGAGGAACGUGAAGAUGAAGAGUAAGGGGAAGAUCUACAGCAUGAACGAGGGCUACGCCAAGUACUUCCACCCCUCCAUCAACGAGUACAUAAAGCACAAGAAGUACCCAGAGGAUGGCAGUGCUCCCUACGGAGCCCGGUAUGUGGGCUCCAUGGUCUCAGACAUUCAUCGCACCAUCGCCUACGGAGGGAUCUUCAUGUACCCCGCCAACGAGAAGAGCCCCAAGGGAAAGCUGCGGCUGCUGUAUGAGUGCAACCCCAUCGCCUUCCUCAUCGAGCAGGCGGGAGGCCUCGCCACCACCGGCACCCAGAGGAUACUGGAAGUUCAGCCUGAAGGUCUCCACCAGCGGGUGCCCUUCGUGGUCGGCUCCACUGAUGAUGUCAACGAAUACCUGUCCUUCGUCAAGAAGUUCCAGUAAAGACCUACGUCUACAGCUAGCCCAAGAGGAAAUAAAGAUGAUUCUUAGAUCUCUAUGUAAUGUGUUCUUUAGAUCAGAGAAAAAUUAUUUUAGACCAUAAGGGAACAUUAUUUUUGGAUUCAAAAUCUCAAUUACAGAUUCAAUUUUGAAAAAGCACUUUUAAAUUAUUAUCAAAAUUUUAAUGUGAAUAAUUAGCCCAAUGACAGAUCAUUUUUUUAGGAUGCUGAAAUAAUUGUCACUUUGUCAAAUCAAACAAAAGAAGCUUGUUAUG